AUGACAGCACGCUAUAAGCCGAAGCUCGUGAAGUUCAUGACGUACAAGAACGGCGUCAACUACAGCAGCGAUCACACCUUCUCCAUGGAGGAGCUCCUCGACAUCACACCAGACCACGUUUGCCGCUGGAUGAACGAGCUGACGUACGGGAGUCCAGAACCAAGCGACGACAUGAGACCUGUCCAUCGCCGUUCAAGCACGCUAGAGUUCUCCAAGAAGGCCAUCUCAACCGUCAUGCCUCGCGUAAAUUCGACGUGGGAUCCUGUUACACAGCGUGACAAUCCUACUCGCUCCGACGCUGUCAACAAGCUCAUCAAGAGAGUGAAGAAGUUUGAGGUUCGCCGAGAAGGAGCCGAGUCCAAAGCUCGCCGUUCCGUCGAGUUUGACGAGUUCACGAACUUGUUAUUGCUCGUGCAUGACAUGAUGAAGUUGCAGUUCGCCAACAUCUCGCCAAACAGCCAAUAUCCUUCGACGCUGCUGUUCCAGAUGCACUGGUCGAAAAACAUUCAUGAAGAGCAAGACGCCCCUGAACAAAUAGUACUCGGAAGUAUGGACCCCAAAAUGACCAGCGCCAGCGACACGGCCAUGGUCUUUGCAAGUGGAAGUGCUGCUAAAACGGCUUUCACGCCUGCGGAUGCCCGAGCCAUGACGUCAGGAUUUCGCCUCUCGCUACCCUCCUCUCCCUGA